AUGAAAGGUCCCCUCCUCCUGCCCCUUCUCCUGCUGGGGACAGUUGCUGCUUUCCAUCCGGGGAAUGAUGCCCCCAGUCUGGAAAGCCAAGAGACACAGGCAGAGCUGAGUCAGAAUCUGGAAUGUUCAGGGGAGCAGGAGGGAGACUCGGCCCUGACCCCGGAGGUGAUUCAGUCAGAGGAAGAGGAGGCCAAGCCUUCCAGCUAUUGGGACACAUUUGAGGAUGAGGAGGCCAUGGAUUCUGACCCAGCUGCUCUAGACAAGGACUUGCAGUGCCCCAAAGAAGAGGACACAGUUCAAAUUCCAGGCAGUCCUGGGUGCAAGACUUGCCGCUUCCUAUUGGUGCGGAACCCCGAGAGAUUUAAGAACGCUCAGAAUGUCUGCAGAAGUUGCUACAGAGGCAGCCUCAUCUCCAUACACAACUACAAUUUAGAUUAUCGCAUCCUAUGCACGGCCAGAGGAGUCAACCAAGGGCAGGUCUGGAUCGGAGGCAGACUCUAGGGCUCAUUCCUGCACCGGAGAUUUCGGUGGGUUGAUGGGAGCAGAUGGAAUUUUGGAUUCUGGGCCCCAGGGCAGCGUGUGAAUGGGCGAGGCAACUGUGUGGCCCUGCGCACCAGAGGGGGACACUGGAAGCGGACCCAAUGCAAAAGGCAUCUGCCCUUCAUCUGCUCCUUCUAA